AUGGACACGCUAGCAAGUGCAAAGACGACAGGAAUUCGCAACCAACCAUGGCAGCAACUCGCAGAAAGCCUGCAAAUAUCGCAAGAUGAUUUCAUCAGCUUCCAUCAACGACAUUUCUCUGCCCAAGCUGUAGCCAGCUUCGCCAAUGAUUUCACUGAUCUGCCAUCAGAGGAGACGUAUGGCUACUACUGCGGAACCCAUGAGGACGAUUACUGGGCUGAAGAGGAGGAUGACGAUGACUUGGGAUAUUACGACGAUGGGGUGAAACGCACCCUCACUGACGAGCAGGUUGAGAUGUUUCGGCACUCGGAGCUACGAGAGCUCGCGAAAAACCAAGAACGAGCCAGCACAAUCAAAUCAAGGGGUACUGACCGAAUCGCAUCUGGAGAAGAAGCCCACCCAUCCACACCAGAUCAGACAGCGCAUAGCUCUACGGGCCACACAAAGAAGAAGAAGAAGAAGAAAGGAAAGGGGGCGAAGAGGGUUGCGAAAGAGCCCAAGCCCGAUCUCAGAAAGCGCACUUGGGAUGUUGUUGAUGCAGGGCUCGACUUCUUAGAAUACGAUUGA